UUCGAUUAGGUCUAGGGAUUUCGUUACUUUUACACCGUUCCAUUCGGAUUGUUUGUUUUAUAGGUUUGAGGUUUUCCUUUUCCCGAUUUUUCUUGCUGGAUGUUGAGAUCUAGGGUUAACGUGAGGGUGACUUAAAGAGUUUUUGCUUUUUUUCCCUUUCUAUUUCCUUUUCUGUUUUUGGAAUUCCUUGAUUAAUUGAUCGUGAUUUGCUUUUAUAUUGCCUUUUUUGAUUAGUUUUUUAAUUUAAUUGUUGUUUAGCCUACCUAUAAAGUAUACGAAAAAUGGGACCUGAAUUCUCUUCUUUCCUUUGUGAUUUAAUUUGGAGACUUGGAUUGAUUCUAUUCUCUUGGGUAUGAGUGGGUGGGUAAAUGCUAGUUGUAUUGCUGUAUGGAAGAUUGAUGAAUUUAAAGUAUUCAUUUAUCACUCAAUUUCUGGUUAUGUUCGUUCUACUGAUGUAUGAUUCGAUCCUAUGGAUAGAAAAAUGGAAAAACACAUUUGAGUGGCUCAAACCUGAAACAAUUGAAUUCGAAAUUGUUGCUGGAUCUUAAUUCUGGAACUGUAAAAGCUUGAAUUGCAAUGUAUGUGAUCUGAUUUUCUUCCACUUUUCUUUGUGUUUGUCGGGUAGAGAAUUAGUAGUUUGUUAAAUUGAGGAUGUCGCGGGAGGAAAAUGUUUACAUGGCCAAGUUGGCCGAACAGGCAGAACGAUAUGAGGAAAUGGUUGAGUUCAUGGAGAAAGUUGCAAAGACAGUGGAUGUCGAGGAGAUGACCGUUGAGGAGAGGAAUCUCCUCUCUGUUGCUUACAAGAAUGUCAUUGGGGCUCGAAGGGCCUCAUGGAGGAUUAUUUCUUCCAUUGAGCAGAAGGAAGAGAGUCGAGGAAAUGAGGACCAUGUCGCAAUUAUCAAGGAUUACCGUAGCAAAAUUGAGACUGAACUGAGCAAGAUCUGUGAUGGGAUUUUGAGCCUACUUGAGUCUCAUCUCAUCCCAUCAGCCUCAUCUGCUGAGUCCAAGGUGUUUUAUCUCAAAAUGAAAGGUGAUUACCACAGGUACCUUGCUGAGUUUAAGACUGGAGCUGAAAGGAAAGAAGCAGCUGAGAGCACACUGUUAGCCUACAAGUCUGCUCAGGAUAUUGCUCUUGCUGAAUUGGCUCCUACUCAUCCAAUUAGGCUCGGUCUUGCUCUUAACUUCUCAGUGUUUUAUUAUGAGAUCCUUAAUUCGCCAGACCGUGCUUGCAAUUUGGCAAAGCAGGCUUUUGACGAAGCAAUUUCUGAGCUCGACACAUUGGGUGAAGAAUCAUACAAGGAUAGCACCUUGAUCAUGCAACUCCUCCGAGACAACUUGACCCUUUGGACUUCUGAUAUUGGGGAUGAAGCUGGCGAUGAGAUUAAGGAAGCAUCGAAACGUGAAUCAGGGGAGGGCGGACAGUAGUUUGGGUUGUUAGUUGAUACUUGAUAGGUGUUGUACUCUGUACUCUUUUCAUUGUUCCCCUGUUCUUUAGUGUUGUUGUUGUUGUUGUUAGUAGUUCUGAAUGAAAUGUUCUUGAUUGAUAGCUUUGGCUUUUGAGUGCAAGAUCUGGAUGCACUUUUAGGGCCUUUGAAUACUCCUACACAAGUAAUGUGGUUUUAUUAUUCACGAGAAGAAAUUGGUGUUUGGUGUUCGAAUGUCAUGGAAUAUCAACUUUUUGGUAUAAACUCAUUGAUCCA